AUGGCUCCUGAAAAUGGUUCUUUUGUGAAUGAAUUUAUUCUGAUGGGGUUAACAGACCGGCCAGAUCUCCAAAUACCACUAUUCUUCCUGUUUCUAGUAAUGUAUGUGGUCACUGCGUUAGGAAAUUUGGGCUUAUUAACUCUAAUUGGAUUGAAUAAACAUCUUCACACUCCCAUGUACUUUUUCCUCUUUAACUUAUCCUUUAUUGACCUUAAUUACCCUUCUGUAUUUACACCCAAGAUGCUCAUGAGCUUCAUAUCAAAGAAAAAUGUUAUCUCCUACAGAGGGUGUAUGAUUCAGCUCUAUUUUUAUGGUUUCUUUGUCGUUUCUGAAUGCUAUGUGCUGACAUCAAUGGCCUAUGAUCGCUAUGUGGCCAUCUGUAAUCCACUGUUAUAUAACACUGUCAUGUCCCCUAGAGUGUGUUGCAAUCUUAUGCUUGGUUCAUAUAUUAUGGCAUUUUCUAGUGCCACGGCCCACACUGGAGGCAUCCUGAGACUGACCUUCUGUGAUGCAAACACCAUCAACCACUAUUUCUGUGACAUUCUUCCUGUGAUGCAGCUCUCCUGCAGCAGCACCUAUGUCAGUGAAUUAGAGGUUUACAUUGUGGUGGGGAUCAACAUCAUUGUGCCUACUGUUACCAUCUUAUUGUCUUAUUUGUUCAUCCUCUCUAAUAUAUUUAAAAUAAGCUCCACUGAGGGGAGGUCUAAAGCUUUUAGCACCUGCAGUUCCCAUGUAAUUGCCGUUUCCGUAUUCUUUGGAUCAGCUGCAUUCAUGUAUCUUAAGCCAUCCUCUGCUUGGUCUAUGGAUGAGGGAAAAAUCUCUUCUGUCUUUUAUACUAUUGUAGUUCCCCUGAUGAACCCUUUAAUCUAUAGCUUUAGGAAUAAAGAUGUGAAACUUGCCCUGAUACAAUCUUUAAGAAAAAGAUAG